UCCUGUCUGCCGUAGCAUAUAAACAAACCAGUAGGACCUUGAAAAUUCGACAAAAUCCAGUUACAAACAAAGCACACGCGAACCGUCUAUCGCACUUACCAUUUCGAUUUUAAUUUCUCUAAGGUCCCAAAUGCAGAUUAAGGUAAUUUACAACCCGUUGGACUUUAUCGAUUAACCAUUAGAACGUCCCUCAAGAGAGCCAAACACAUCGAAAUAACCUGUCCAAGAUUUUAAAGUGGAUUUGAAUGUUGUUGAAGACCGACAGUCCACUUCGAUCUACGCUGUCGACCGGUAGUAUUGUUAGAAACGUCAAAAAACAACAACAUGAGAUCCGCGCUUUGAACACACUUCUUCAGAUGUAGCAGCGAUGGUGUUAGUUCGAAUUUUAGCGGUAGUCUUAACCCUGACCGAAGUGACGCUAUGUUACAAUCUUUGCGCCCCUCAAAAACUUGUCAACAGCAACGUCACUGUCUACAAGUACAAGAAAGAACAGAUUCAAAAUUGCGGUUGUGCAAACGAACCAAAAAAAUGUGUCAAAAAGUGCUGUGCCAAAGGGUUCAACAUAGAAAAAGCGAGAUGCUUUUGGAACGGUGGACAAGACUUCGAACUACCCGUGUUUAGUGGAAAUGUGUCUCUGUCUAACUUGACCGUUAAGAAUUUUUAUGUGGGUGUCUUAAAACACUGUGAUUUUUACGCCAGGAUGCCCUGGGAAGGGUUUUACCUGCAGGAGGAUCUAUCCCUUUACCUUCCUCUCGAGCAGGAAUAUCUGACUUCAGAGAAUUACUGUCUGGACUACACAAGGGAUGGACUUUUGAUAGCUAUUCUUUGCAUUUCGGAACCUGUAGCUUCUUUAUCUGUCAAGUUAAACUAUGUGGGUAUGGUCAUAUCUAUGCCAUUCCUGCUGAUCACCUUCAUCGUGUAUGCACUCUUGCCUGACCGAAAUCUGCAUAUGAAAGCUCUUAUGUGCUACGUCAUCAACUUGUUGUUAGCCUACAUGUUUAUAGUAACCAUCCAGCUAUCAGAUACAGUUUUUCCAGAUGAUAUUUGUGCAAUUUUAGGUUUCGGUUGUAUAUUUUUCUUCCUUUCUUCAUUCUUCUGGAUGAAUGUCAUCUGUAUCGAUAUCUUCUUAGGUUUUAGGGGUAUCCGAGGAGGGCCUGGAAUCAGAUCAUCGGAAUGGAAAAGAUUCCUCAUAUACUGUAUAUACGCCUGGGGAAUGUCACUUCUCAUAGUUUUCAUCACAUUCAUGAUCAAUACUUACGUUAAUCCCAUCUCAAUAUUCCAUCCAGGAGUUGCUAUUGGACAAUGCUUCAUCAGAGAUGGCCUUCCGAUGCUGUUGUAUUUCUAUGGACCAAUGGGAAUACUAAUAAUAAGCAAUGUACUCUUGUUCGCUCUAACCGCCUUGAGGAUACGCAAAGUGAAGAAAGACACGGCCAUGCUGAAACACAGCGGCAGCAAAAGACAUUCCGACGACGAACAGCAAAACUUCAACCUAUACUUCAAGCUGCUCUUGGCUAUGGGUGUCAAUUGGUCAAUGGAGAUCAUAUCUUGGGCGGUGACGCUACCCCAGUACUUCUGGUACCUGUCAGACAUUUGUAAUGCUCUCUAUGGCGUCAUCAUCUUUUUCAUUUUCGUGUUCAAGAGGAACAUAUGGAAACAGUUGAAGAGGAGAUAUUAUUCUUUCAUGGGAAGGCAUCAUAUGGCCCAUUCCAUGGGAACAACAAAUUUCACAAAAACCACUAACGAUUCGAUGACAGUAUCAACCAAUGACCGUGCCAUGGAAGAAAGUGAACUAAACACGUCCAGAAUGAAUUAACCAGUAGGAAUUUCACUUUGAAAAAUUAUAGUACCAUAUCGAAAAGUAUGAGAUUUUUGAACAAGGAUAGAUUUCGUUCGUAUGUGAUUAUUUUUGCACUACAAAUUUGAAAGUUACUCUAUUUGUUAGUUUAGGAAAUUAUCAUCUGUACUUAAUGGAUGUUAAUAGUGCACGUAAACUCGAAUUUGAAACUUUGUUAUCAAGGGUGAAUAUUAAAAAGAACUAGAACAAAUUUUGUUCAUACGUUCUCUCUCUUUCUCUCUUUAAUUCGGACAUAACCAUUAUGUUGUAAAUAUGUGGUGAAAAUAUAUUUUUUGAUACUCUUGAUACACUUCCAUUAGUGAAUAUAUAUAUAAAAUUGUGUUCUUCCGUAGUUCAAAAGAUUUUUACCACUUUUUUACUUUUUCAUAUGAAAUGGACUUUACAAUAAGGUUCAUUUAAAUUAUUACCAUAUUUUACAUUUAGCAAUGUAUGUAAUACGUAUUUGACUAAGAUGCAAGUGAUAUAUAGACUACAAGAUGUGUCAUGAUGUUCAAUGUAUGUAGCAUUUACCAAAGAAAUAAAGAUAUACGUUUCUCCACUUGGA